AGGGUGAAAGUCAUUGCUGCUGCCACAGCAUUCUUAUUUAUUGGAUUGGUAGGAAUACUUCAUUACAAUGACUACACUUUACCUCUUUCCUUAGUGGAUAGUAUGCAAUUCGAUACCAGUACUGAAGAUUCUUUAUUGCUAAAUGAUGUGCCUUUCUUUAAAGAUAAGCCUUCUUUUCAUUUACUAUGGUCGCGGGUAUUUGGUCUGAUGUAUGUCUAUGGACCUCGAUUUGAUAAUGUUGAUGAAGCUAUAAAGUAUACUGGGAAGAAGACUAAAGGUCAAUCAAAAAGCGAAUUACUUUCCAGGGCUGAUAUCUCGCCAUCAACCAUUGACGAGCUACAUAAUAAGCAUAAAGCAUUUGUGGAUGAUUUACUCCAAAUUAAACCAACAUAUGGUUACAAGAAAGGAACCACAGGUGUGGUGAUGAUUGGUGGUGGAAGGUAUUCCUGGCUAAGUUAUCUUUCACUUUUAUCCCUUCGAGAAACUGGGUGUACCUUACCAGUUGAGGUGAUUAUUCCAAAAUACUCCGACUAUGAAAAAGAGAUGGAAUUUUGCUAUACAAUUUUGCCUCACCACAAUGCAAAAUGUGUUGUGGUUCUGGAAGUGUUGGGACCUCUGGUGAUGAUGAAAAAUGAAUUUCACUCAUAUCAAUACAAGGGUUUGGCUCUCUUGGUGACGUCAUUCCAAAAUGUAUUAAUGUUAGAUUCUGAUAAUAUGAUGGUUCGAAAUCCUGAAUCUAUUUUUAGUUCUGAGCUAUUCAAAAAGUAUGGUCUUAUAACUUGGCCAGAUUAUUGGAAGAGAACAAUUUCUCCCGAGUUUUAUAAAAUUGCUCUGCUCAAGGUUGAUGAGAACAAACGCGUUAGAUUUCUGAGAUUCCCAUUAGCACUAGAUCAUAAUACCGAAACAGAAGCAAAUGUUAACCCUGAUGAAAUAGAAAAUAUUCCUUAUGCUGAAUUUGAUGGUGCUAUCCCCAAUUUAUCCACUGAAUCAGGCCAAUUAUUUGUUAAUAAAGAUAUCCAUUGGCAUACUAUUUUAUUGCUGAUGUAUUACAAUAUUCAUGGCCCAAAAUUAUACUAUCGAUUAUUUAGUUUAGGAGCUCAAGGAGAAGGUGACAAAGAAACAUUUACAGCGGCUGCUUCAGUAUUGGGUAAAAAAUACUACCAAGUUUAUACACCUGUUGCGACUUUGGGAUACAGCGAAGCAAAGGGUAAAUUUCAGGGUGUUGGAAUGAUUCAGAAGGAUCCAUUACAAGAUUACGAGGCUUUCCAAACCUAUAUUUCUGGUCCGAUAAAAUCUGGAGAAAUGGGGAAACUACUGAUUCCGGAGCAGAUAGAACAAUUGAAGGAGAUUGAAAAAAGCAUUUUGGAGAAAAGAGCGGUAGUCCUUGGACUUUGCAUUGCAAUUUCCCCAAGCUUGAUCCAAUUGAUUUAA